CCACUGUUUAUAGGCGUGGUCACGACGAAGCAAUGGGCGUAACUUGACAUUGCUCUGGAUGUUUUGAAGCUUGCUGAGUGCCAAGCUUUCGCGAGGGUUAUAGAGAGAGAUUUCUGGCUGUUGGCCUGAAUUAAGACAUGAAGAAAUACAGAGAACGAUGGAGAGCAAAUUCUGCAUUUUGACCGAAACAGAAGACCUCAAAACCCUGAUUUCGAGCACCGAAGAUAGUCUGCAAAUUGAAAGGACCAAGACAUUGUUUGAGGAGAUCCGUGCAUCCAUCAACAACAAUGAUGAAGAGGACCGUUCCUUUUGGAGGCCUGUGCUCCCAUGGGGGGGCGUCUACACCAUCAGGGCAGGGAGGAAGGCCAUCUCAUGCACCCCUCUGUAUGUUAAGAUAAGCCUAAAGAACACCUGCACCAUCGAUGGGUUCCUCAUGAUUCUUUAUGUCAUUUUGAGAGACAACCAGAGCUUUCCCCGGGAGGUGGGCAUAUUCCUGGGCAGGCAGUUUGUGGAGCAUUUCCUCUACCUGAUGGACUCGUAUGACUACACCACCGUUAAGAUGCUGUGGAUCUGGGACAGGAUGUCCAAGAGGCAGUACCGCUCAGUGAUCCACCAUGCAGCGUUGGAGAUCGACCUGUUUGGUAACGAACAUGAGAACUUCACCAAGAACUUGGAGACAAUGAUGUCUACCAUGCAGGAGAGUCUGUGCACCAACUGGAGCUGUCCUGCUCGUUUCCAGGAGUUCAUACAGAAAACCAUCAACAUCAAUCCUCCUCAUGAGCUGCCCCCUAGAGAUCCCAUUCAGUCAGCUGUGGAUGAGUUCUUCUGUCCCAAGAUCAUUCUCUGCAAAGAACUGGGGUGUAAUGGGUUGAGGGAGUUCUCUCAGAGGGUCUUUUGCCAUGGACCACCUCCUUUUGUCAUUCUCAACAUGCAGCUUUGGAAGUCUGAGGAGCUGUCCUAUGUUCCCUACCAUCUAGCCCUAUCCCAACACAGGUACUCACUGGAGGGCGCCACACUCUUCAACAAGGAGGAGCAUCACUACUCUGCAGCCUUCCAGAUAGAUGGCUACUGGAUGCACUAUGACGGGCUGAGGAGCGACAACCUGAUCCUGUUAAACAAGCCCCCUGAACUCCUCCUUCUCUCUUCCCUUGUCUACAUCCGCGCCUCAGACAAAUGAGAUGCACUAAUGUAACCAAGCAGGGAUGGGGUCAAUUCCAUUUUUCAUUCCAUCAUUUCAGGAUGAAAAUAAAUUCUCCUAAAUUUACUUGAAUUGAAAAGGAAUUGACCCCAAUUGUGUCACCAUGGUCCAGUAAGGACACAGAAGGAAGGAGGUAGAUACUAGACACUGAUAGGAAGGCAUCUUUUGAAAAUUGCACACUAACACCUUCCUGUUUAUUGCCCUUCAUUCACAGAAGUAGUAUCCAAGUUACCUUACAUUUAGCUCACGAUGGUUUUGUCUUCCAUUACUCAUUGAGCUCUUACCAGAUACUUUUAUCACCUAAUCAUAUUUAAUGACAUUUUUAUCUAGUUUGAAAAGGCUUAUACCACAUUUCCAAACUUUUUAGGAGAUCAUGUCAACAACUUCCUUGUUUUGUUUUUAUACUUUGAGAUUACUUUUUGGAAUUAUGUGCUCCAUUUUGCCUGACUGUUGCCUCAAACACUCACUGUGCAAAAUGAUAAGUGCAUCUUCUCUUUGGGCAUGCUUGGAAUCCAAGAAUAUAUGCAUGGACUAUAAUAGUUCUGGGGAGGUAUGCAUAUUGAAGAAUCAACUCAACCUUAAAUAGCUUUACUGCUAAAAAAAAUUAAGAGUUUGCUUGCAGCGUGUUUGGUUGUCUUGGGGGAAGUGGUUGCACUUUUCAGAGAAGCAAAUUCAGCUAAUUAAACUUUGAUUUAGAAUUGUCAACAGGGUGUAGGCUAGACUAGUGAAGCAUCUGAGAUUGUACGGGACUCAUCUACUACAAUCCAUUUGUGCAUACUAGUCCUGACCUCAGAUCAAACUGGUGCUUUUUUUGUACUAUUUCCCCUGUUUAAAAACAUUUGAAACAGUAUUUGCAUUUUGUGGAAAUUCAAUCAUUAUCCUUGAUUUACUUGCUUGUUUUAAGCUGUCCAUUGGGCUUCAACUUGGAAGUGAGUCACACAGCGUUAACUUGUAUUAAAAUGAAUACCUGCUCAAAUAUUUGUAUAAAUUGUGUGACAAUGUAUCAUUGGAUAAAAUCAGUUCUGUCUUAAAUGUAAGUAAUUACUAGUACUUACAAGUACCCCAGCAUAGUGAUGUUACAGAAGUGCUUCUUGAGUGCUUGCCUUUCACAGUAGCAUAUUAUACCCUGAAUUCAAAUUAUUCUGCACAAUUCAAUAAGGUAAAUUGUUACAUUCCAAUCUAAACAAGAUGUCAAAGCAUUAGUAAAUAUUAGCAUACAAAUGUGAUUGAUGCAUUUGAUCAUUUGGAAAUAACAUUACUGCUCAUCACAGGCUUCAUAUGCACAAUGUAAUGUUAAGCAUUGACCUCUGCCAAUUUCAUCUUUGUCAGAACUAAAUAAUGAAACUGUCUUUGAGCAACAAUCCUUGUUCAUGUAUUGAAUGGUGUUUUUUUUUCUUUCUAUGCAGUCAUUGAAGUCUUAAAAAGCAAUACAAAUAUUUUUAUAUUCUA